GAUGAGCACAACAUUUAUUGGAAGGGAAGUUCCAAGAACGUUUUCGACCGCGGUUAUCUUUGUCAGCUUUCCAGGGUUUGGGUUUGGUGGCGAAGAAUUCCAAUUUUGAAAAAGCUUUUUGGAGAGAGAGAGAGAGAGAGAGAGAGAGAGAGAGAGGGACAGAAUUUCAUAGAGAGAGAGAGAGAGUGCAUCAUCGUCGUCUUUGUCAUCAUCAAUAUGCCAGAAGAGGAGAAAUCUUACUGAUUAAUAAUUAAUCAAAAACUCUGCAAGCAAGGAAAGGAAGGAGUCCGAACUUGUUCUUAAUUAAUCAUUUAAUUAGUCUGAUUUGGGGGAAGCACAGCCAUUAAUUUGUUGAUUUAAUUCUUCGUUUACAUGCAAAUUUAGAGAGAAUUUGGAUUGGAUUGGAUUAAUUGUGGUUUGAAUUCGGGGCGUAUGGGUUGGAAUCCGGUUGCUUCUUCGUCGCACAACAAUGGCGGUGGGAAGAGCAGCGGCGGCGGCGUGGGGAAGAGCGGCGGCAGUAGCCACAACAACAACCACGACGCGGCGGCGGCGUGCGUCGUGUCCUCAACUUUCGCCUUCUUCCUGUGCGCGUUUCUGGCGUUGGGAACUGCCGGCAGCUUCUACGCCAGAUUCACGCUCACGCGGAACGUGCGCGCCGGGAUCGCCGCACCGGCCGCGCUCGGCUGCCGGCCGGACAAUGAGGGGUCGUGGUCCGUCGGAGUUUUCUACGGCGACUCUCCCUUCUCUCUCAAGCCAAUCGAAGCUGUGGAUAUCUGGAAGGAGGAGACCUCAGCAUGGCCGGUAGCCAAUCCGGUGGUCACUUGCGCCUCGAUCUCCGACGCCGGCUUCCCCAGCAACUUCGUAGCCGACCCCUUCCUCUACGCGCAGGGCGGUGUCCUGUAUCUGUUUUACGAAACAAAAAAUUCGAUUACAAUGCAAGGAGAUAUCGGAGUUGCUCGAAGUAGGGACAAUGGAGCAACAUGGGAACAGUUGGGCAUUGCCCUGGAUGAAGAUUGGCAUCUAUCCUAUCCUUUUGUCUUCGAACACAAAGGAAAUAUAUAUAUGAUGCCUGAGGGUAGCGCAAAAGGCGAGCUUCGUCUGUAUCGUGCAAUCGACUUCCCGUUGAAAUGGAAGCUGGACAGGGUUAUACUGAAAAAACCACUUGUCGAUUCCUUCAUGAUUCCUUACCAAGGGAAGUUCUGGCUUUUCGGCUCGGAUCACAGCAGGAUUGGGACCAAAAAGAACGGCCAAUUGGAGAUAUGGCAUAGCAGCUCGCCUCUAGGUCCAUGGAAACCUCAUAAAAAGAAUCCCAUCCACAAUACGCGCAAGAGUAUGGGAGCUCGGAAUGGAGGGAGGCCUUUUGUGUACAAUGGAGAUCUUUACCGUAUAGGUCAAGACUGCGGCGAGACAUACGGGCGUCGGAUACGCGUAUUCAAAGUUGAAGUUCUGACAAUUGAUAAAUUCAAGGAAGUUGAGGUUCCUUUCAGUGUCCAAGACUCGGGCGCGAAAGGACACAAUUCUUGGAACGGCGCCCGUCACCAUCACCUCGAUGCUCAGCAGCUCAGGUCCGGAAAAUGGAUCGCAGUUAUGGAUGGAGAUCGAGUCCCUUCGGGAGAUGCAAACUAUAGAUUCGUUCUUGGGCUUGCUUCGGUCGUUGCGGUUGCUCUGAUUGUCGUUCUUGUGGGAAUGGUCGUCGGGGUGGUGAAGUGCAUCGUCCCGUUGAGUUGGUGUCCGCACAAUAUGGGGAAAAGAAGCGACACAUUGUUGACGCGGGAGAAACCGAACUUAUACUCUUCGAAGCUGAGACUUUUCUGCAGCCGGCUGAACAAGGUGAGCUCGAAUCUCCGAGCUAGGAUAAAACCGUACACGUGCUCGGGAAUUUCCAUCCUCCUAUUGACGAUGUUUCUGGCUUUGAUGCUUACGUGCGUCGGCGUUAAGUACAUUUUCGGAGGUAGCGGCGCGGAGGAACCUUACCCCGUCCACGGUAGCUACUCUCAGUUCACGCUAUUAACAAUGACGUACGACGCCCGUCUCUGGAAUCUGAAAAUGUAUGUAAAACAUUACUCGAGAUGCUCGUCCGUGCGUGAGAUCGUUGUCGUCUGGAACAAGGGCAUACCUCCACGAUCGACCGACUUCGACUCGGCAGUGCCGAUAAGAAUAAGAGUCGAAAGCCAAAACUCGCUGAACAACCGGUUCAAGGUUGACCCAAUGAUCAAAACCCGGGCAGUCCUCGAGCUCGACGACGACAUAAUGAUGAGUUGCGACGACAUUGAACGGGGAUUCAAAGUAUGGCGCGAACGCCCCGAUAGAAUAGUGGGCUUCUAUCCCCGGCUCGUCAAUGGCAGCCCGUUAGAAUACAGAGGUGAGAAACACGCCCGGAGGCACAACGGGUACAACAUGAUCCUUACGGGGGCUGCGUUCGUCGACAGCCGGGAGGCCUUCGGGAGGUAUUGGAGCGAAGAAGCUGCGGCGGGUAGGGGAAUCGUAAACGGUAAUUUUAACUGCGAGGACGUUCUGAUGAACUACCUGUACGCGAAUUCGAGCGGCGCGAGGGCGGCGGUGGAGUACGUGAAGCCGGCGUGGGCAAUCGACACGUCGAAAUUGUCAGGAGCGGCGAUUAGCAGGAACACCAAGGCUCACUAUGGAGUGAGAAGCAAGUGCCUGAGGGAGUUCGAAAGACUGUACGGGAGUUUGGGUGAGAGGAAGUCUGAAUUCAGGAAAAGGAAGGAUGGUUGGGAUGUCUAAUAAUCAAUCAGGCACAUAAUAUCUAUUAUAUGUAUACAUAGGUUUCGUU